UGCUUGUUUUGGUUCUUAUUUCAGACCUUUACGCGAUUUGUGGAGACUGGCCGCGUGGCCAAAUGCGCCAGUGGAAGAUAUAAGGGACGCCUUGUAGCUAUCGUCAAUGUGAUUGAUCAAAAUCGGGUACUUAUUGAUGGCCCGACCACCGGUGUUCCUCGACAGCAGUAUCCAGUUAAUCACCUCCACCUGACCAAGUUCCGGGUAAAGUUUCCGUACACCGCCAAAUCUAAAGUGGUCCGUAAGGCUCUGGAAGCUUUUAAUCUAAAGGAGAAGUUCUCUAGUACCAGAUGGCAGGAACGUGCCGUCGCUAAAGCCAAGCGCUGUAACUUGACGGAUUUUGACCGCUUCAAGCUGCGACUGGCCCGUGCCGAACGUAACCGCAUUGUCAGCGCUCAGUACAAGAAACUGAAGAAGGAAGUCGUCAACAAUGGUAUGCUGUUCGGAAAGCCAAUCAAGGGUACAAAACCGCUGCCCAAGCGACGAAACCCGAUUCCGAAGAAGGAAGGCAAGAAGAAGCGCGUCAGGAAAAACAAGAAGACCCCCGCAAAGAAGUGAAGCUCUUCGUGUUUGAUUUUUCCUGAAAGAUUCACUGUACACUGAAGAAAGGAGUAAAUAUAAUAAUUGAACGUCUA